CAGAAUUAUUUCUCGUUGUCCACGUCUUCUAGAAUACCAAUUGCAUUGCGCCUCUCUAAUGAAAUCUCCGAAUCUGUUUUCCUCCAACACAUUAAUUUAUCAUCGUCGAUCUUCUCCUCUUACGGUGGGACGGAGUGCGCUGCAACCGGAGAACCCCUCGACGGCUAGCAUGUCGUGGCUCACCUAUCUUGCCUGCUCCCCUCCGAAAGGAGCUGGCGUCGGCGAGUGGCUCUCCUUCACCUUCCUUUCGCCAUGUGCACAACGUGUCGUCUUCUCAUUGAUUGACCUCCUCUUCCUCAUAUCCCUCCUAGUCUUCGUUGUCCUGAAGCUCCUCAGCAGCCACCGACGCCCCAAAAAAUCGAUCUCCGACGCCACUAAACCUUUCCUUCCUGAUUCCUUCACAUCCUCUGACGUUCGAACAACCUGGCGCUUCAACCUCCCUCUUGCCCUCUCCGCCCUACUUGGCGUUGCCUUCUUUGUCCUUUCCAUUCUCGGUAUCCUCGACGCCUCCUCCCCCCUCUCCUUGCGCCUCGUUCAAUCCAUUACCCUCUUCCUCCAAUUCCUCUCAAACGUCGCAGCCGUGGCCAUCAUCGCCCACGAGAAGCGCUUCCACGCCAUUUCACACCCAUUAACACUCCGCCUUUACUGGAUCGCCUCCUUUAUCAUCUCUCUUCCUCUAUCCAGCACCGCCAUCAUUCGCCUAUCCUUCUCCUCAUCCUCCUCCAUUCUGCCUGACGACAUCGUCUCCGUCAUCUUCGUCCUCUUCUUCGCGGCUCUCCUCGUCUUUGCCAUCUCCCCUUCUACCGGCAUCCAUCCUCUUCCAUCAUCCCCUGUCUCUUCGUCAACUGCAGAAAUCUACAACUCCCAAAACAAAACCAAUGUAACUGGCUACAGCACUGCUUCCAUCUUCUCUCGACUCACCUGGAGCUGGAUGAAUCCCCUUCUAACCAAGGGCUACAAAACCCCUCUCAAGCUCGAGGACGUUCCAUCCCUCUCGUGGAACCACCGUGCAGAGCGGCUGUACAACCUCUUCGCCUCAAAGUGGCCUAAUCCCGCUAUCAAAUCCAACCACCCUGUCCGCGCAACACUCCUCCGAUGCUUCUGGCCGCAGCUCCUCCACACCGCUUCUCUGGCCGUCGUACGCCUCUGCGUGAUGUACAUCGGCCCUACCUUAAUCAGUCGCUUCGUUGACUUCGCCUCCGGCCAACGCUCUUACAUCUACGAGGGGUACUACCUCUGCCUUGCACUCCUUUCCGCCAAGUUCGUCGAGGUCCUCUGUUCCCACCAAUACAACUUCCACUCCCAGAAGACGGGAAUGCUUAUCCGCUCCACCCUCAUCACUGCCCUGUACCGCAAGGGCCUCCGUCUCUCAUGCUCUGCACGCCAAUCUCACGGCCUCGGCAUGAUCGUUAACUACAUGGCUGUCGACGCCCAGCAGCUCUCCGACAUGAUGCUCCAAAUCCACUACAUCUGGCUAAUGCCCUUACAAGUUGGCGUCGCCCUCUCCCUUCUCUAUGCUUAUCUUGGUCUCUCAGUCACCUCCGCUGUAGUUGGUAUAAUCGCUAUAAUGGUCUUCGUCGUUUUCGGCACCAAGCGCAACAACCGCUGCCAGUUCUUCCUCAUGGGCAUGCGCGACAAGCGCAUGAAGGCCACCAACGAAAUGCUCAACUACAUGCGCGUCAUCAAGUUCCAGGCCUGGGAAGAGCAUUUCAACAAACGGAUACAGGGCUUCCGCUCCGAGGAAUUCGGCUGGCUUUCCCGCUUCUUGUACUCCGUCGCCUCGAACAUUAUCGUGCUCUGGAGCGCGCCUGUGAUCCUCUCUUCCCUCGUUUUCGGCACCUGCGUGGCCUUCGGUGCCCGCCUUGAUGCUGGCAUUGUCUUUACAGCCACUUCUUUAUUCAAGAUCUUGCAGGAACCGAUGCGCAACUUCCCACAAGCGCUGAUAUCGGCCUCGCAGGCCAUGAUCUCGCUGGAGCGACUGGAUUCCUAUAUGACAAGCAGCGAAAUCCAGGAUGCCGCCGUAGAAAAAGUGACUGGCUGCAACGCCGUCGACGCCCCAGCUGUGGAGGUCUGCGACGGCAUGUUCGCUUGGGACGACGAUAUCGCUGAAGCCGAUGCGGCGGUUCUAAAGGGUGUGAACGUCCGGAUCCGCCGCGGCUCCCUCGCUGCCGUCGUUGGCACCGUCGGAUCCGGCAAGUCAUCCUUCCUCUCUUGCCUCCUCGGCGAAUUGCGACGCAUCUCGGGAAAGGUCAGGGUAUGUGGAAGCACAGCUUAUGUGGCACAGACAGCAUGGAUACAGAAUGGAACUAUACAGGAAAAUAUUUUGUUUGGUCAGCCCUUAAAUCAGUACAAAUACAAGGAAGUGAUCCGUGUUUGUUGUUUAGAGAAGGACUUGGAGAUGAUGGAGUUUGGGGAUUUGACUGAGAUUGGAGAGAGAGGAAUUAAUCUUAGCGGCGGCCAAAAGCAACGUAUACAACUAGCUAGGGCACUUUAUCAAGAUUCCGAUAUAUACCUCCUUGACGAUGUCUUCAGUGCUGUCGAUGCUCACACUGGCUCAGAGAUCUUUAAGGAGUGCAUAAGGGGUGCACUGAAGGGCAAGACAAUUGUGCUUGUCACCAACCAAGUUGAUUUUUUGCACAAUGUUGAUCUCAUCCUGGUUAUGCGGGAUGGGAUGCUCAUCCAAUCUGGAAAGUAUGACGAACUACUUAAUGCUGGUACUGAUUUUGCAUCAUUAGUUGCUGCACACCAAAAUUCUAUGGAGCUACUAGAGCACAGUGCACCCACACACGAAAGCAUGAAUGAUCCAUCUAAAGCAUCGAAUAAAUCCAUCACAAAUCAAGAUAAAUCUAAUGGUGACACCGCAGUAUCACCUAAGGCUGAAAAGGGCUCUUCUAAGCUCAUCAAGGAUGAGGAGAGGGCAACUGGCCAAGUCAGUUUGAAUGUAUACAAAACCUACCUCACUGAGGCCUGGGGCUGGUGGGGAGUCAUUGGUGUGUUGCUUGUCUCACUGCUGUGGCACGGCUCUCUAAUGGCGUGUGAUUAUUGGUUGUCAUUUACUAUUUCAGCAGAUAAUGCUGCUUCAUUCAGUUCAUCACGUUUUAUUGGAGUUUAUGCCGUUAUAGCUCUAGUUUCAAUUAUCCUUAUCACAGGGAGGGCCUUUCUUGUCACACGCUGGGGGCUAGAGACCGCCCAGAUAUUUUUCAAGCAGAUUCUGAAAAGCAUCUUGCACGCACCCAUGUCGUUUGUUGAUACCACUCCUUCCGGAAGAAUCCUUAGUCGAGCAUCAUCGGAUCAAACCAAUGUGGAUGUCUUACUCCCUUUCUUCAUGGGGUUAGCUAUUUCAACGUACAUUACAGUUCUUAGCAUUCUUACCGUCAUCAUUCAGGUUGCUUGGCCAACUCUUAUUUUCAUAAUUCCACUGGGAUGGCUCAACAUUUGGUACAGGGGUUACUUUAUUGCAACAUCUCGGGAGCUAAGUCGGCUUGGUUCAAUUACUAAAGCGCCUGUAAUCCAUCACUUCUCAGAGACCAUUCAGGGUGUCAUGACAAUCAGGUGUUUCAAAAAGGAAGAAAGGUUCUUCCAGGGAAAUAUCCACAAAGUUGAUGCAAGCUUAACUAUGGAUUUUCACAACAAUGGUUCCAAUGAGUGGAUGGGAUUUCGGUUGGAGUUGAUAGGAAUUUUCGUUUUAUGCAUAUCUGCGUUACUAAUGGUUAUGCUUCCCAGCAGUAUCAUCAAACCCGAAUAUGUUGGGUUAUCUCUAUCCUAUGGUCUCUCUCUCAACGCCGUGCUAUUUUUUGCCAUUUUGGUCAGUUGCUUCUUAGAGAACAGGAUGGUUUCUGUAGAGAGGAUAAAGCAAUUCAGUGUAAUUCCCCCAGAAGCACCAUGGAGGAUUGAAGGUUGUCUGCCUUCACCAAACUGGCCAACCGAUGGAGAAAUUUCUGUAAUAGAUCUCAAGGUUAGAUAUCGACCGAAUACUCCUCUUGUUUUGAAUGGCAUCACAUUUAACAUUAAUGCUGGUGAGAAGAUCGGAGUUGUUGGUCGGACAGGGAGUGGAAAAUCAACCCUGAUUCAAGCUCUUUUCAGAAUUGUAGAACCUUCCGGAGGGAAGAUAAUCAUUGAUGGAGUGGACAUUUGCAUUUUGGGUCUUCAUGAUCUCAGGUCACGUCUCGGCAUUAUUCCUCAAGAGCCGGUUCUCUUUGAUGGGACUGUGAGGAGCAAUGUUGAUCCAAUUGGACGGCAUACUGAUGAUGAAAUAUGGCAGAGCCUAGAACGAUGCCAGCUCAAACAAGUUGUGGCUGCAAAACCUGAGAAGCUUGAUUCUCUAGUGGUUGAUAAUGGAGAGAACUGGAGUGUUGGUCAGAGGCAGCUUUUCUGUUUGGGUCGUGUUCUGCUGAAGAAAAGCAGAAUUUUGUUCAUGGAUGAGGCAACUGCUUCUGUGGAUUCUCAGACGGACGGAUUAAUCCAGAAGAUCAUUCGUGAAGACUUCUCGGGCUGUACAAUUAUGAGCAUUGCUCAUAGAAUUCCCACUGUUAUGGACUGCGAUAGAGUGCUGGUUGUAGAUUCUGGACUAGCAAAGGAAUUUGACUCGCCGGCCAAUCUAAUCAACCAUCCUUCGCUUUUUGGCGCAUUAGUUCAGGAGUAUGCCAAGCGUUCGUCAGCUUUCUGAAAAAAAAGAAAAAGAAAAAAACAUGAAUGUCUUCUCUAAGAAUAAUGCUGAGAAGAAGAAUGCAAGUUUCUCUCUGCUUCUGCUCGUUCAACAUAUUACUAUUUCAGAAGUACAUGGGGUGAGAUCAAGAGGAAUAAUUUAAGAGUAACCGAGUCAGCAUGUUCAGUUUUAAAUAAAAUGGGGAAUAUGGUUAUUUAUUCUUGAUUUGAGAGUUAUAUGUUCAGGGUGUUGCAGGAUAUCAAUCCUGAGGUUGUAUCCGAAGUUCAUCUAUUAUGUACACUGUACAGUAUACACUAUCGAUAUUUUGAUCUCAUUCAAUGUAGCAGUGUGCUUUUUCUUUUAA